UGACCCUGACCUAAAGUUGGUGAACUCUCUGCCUGGCUAAGUAACUAUUGGAAAUUUCAACAAUUUUUUGCAAAAACUGGAUACCAUCUUGAAUAAGCUACAUAAUAAUAAAGUUGAAUAUGUUAUAUGUUGUGGUGAUGUAAAUAUAAAUUAUUUAGAAAAUUGUCAUAGAAGGCAACAAUUUGAUGCACUCUUAAAUACAUACAAUCUAAUAGGAAUGCUGAGCAUUCUGCUACAGAGAGCUGAAGAAACAUUUCCUGCUGAGACAGAAAGGAUGAACUGUACAAAUUCAAAGAAGGUUCUAGUAGGUCCUUAUGGUGAGAUAUACCCAGUAAGUCAUGAUGCAAACCAGGCCAUGAAUGCAAAAGCUGAGGAAGUCUCAGAUGCAGAAGAGGAAGCGGAUCCUCUGCAAAUAAGAGUUCAGGAGAUAAAGGCUGAACCUGAGAACUGUACAAAUUCGGAGAACACUUUAGUGGGUCCAUAUGGUGAGACAUACCAAACACCACAUGAUGCAGAUCAGGCCAUGAAUGUAAAAGCUGAGGCAGUCUCAGAAGAGGAAGAGGAAGAGGAUCCUGUCCCAAUAACAUUUAUAGAAAUGAAGGCUGAACCUGAGGGUAAUUUGAAUGAACUUCAACCCAUACAUGGUGAGGAGCAACGAUAUUCCUGUGAUGAGUGUGGAGAUUCAUUUAGUCAAGAGCAAAUUCUGAUAGCACAUCGAUGGAUACAUACUGGGGAGCAGCUGUUUAUCUGUGGUGUGUGUAGUAAGUCAUUCAAUCAGCGGAGUCAUCUGAGGAAGCAUCAGCGUAUACAUACUGGGGAGAAGCUGUUUUGUUGUGAUGUAUGUAAAAAGUCAUUCAGUCAGCAGAGUCAUCUGAAGAAGCAUCAGUGCAUCCAUACUGGGGAGAAGCUGUUUUGUUGUGAUGUAUGUAAAAAGUCAUUCAGUCAGCAGAGCCAUCUGAAGAAGCAUCAGCGCAUACAUACUAGGGGACAACCAUUUAGUUGUGGUGAGUGUAAUAAGUCAUUCAGUCAGCAGAGUCAUCUGAAGAAGCAUCAGCGCAUACAUACUGGGGGACAACCAUUUAGUUGUGAUGAAUGUAAUAAGUCAUUCAGUCAGCAGAGUCAUCUGAAGAAGCAUCAGUGCAUCCAUACUGGGGAGAAGCUGUUUUGUUGUGAUGUAUGUAAAAAGUCAUUCAGUCAGCAGAGUCAUCUGAAGAGACAUCAGUACAUACACAGUGGGGCACAGUCAUUUAGUUGUGAUGAGUGUAAUAAGUCAUUCAGUCAGCAGAGUAGUCUGAAGAGACAUCAGCGCAUACAUAGUGGGGAGCAACCAUUUUGCUGUGAUAGAUUAGUUCAGAGCACAACAGAUGCUGUUGGAACAGUGAAAAUCACGCGCAAAGGUAUGCCAAUAGAUCUAAAAAAGAAACUGAAGAAAGGAGAAGUAGUUAGUGCAAUGUGUGGGAAAUUGAUGGCGUUGAAGUGGAAGGAUAAGCGCGAUGUCUCGGUGCUGACUAAUAAACAUUCAGAGGAAAUGCAACCCAUAAGUCGAAAGGACUCUGGAGCCGAUAUUAGUGUCCUCAAGGGAGAGAAUUUGAUAGGUUUGACAGAAUAUGAUCCAGAAAGAAAAGUAAGGGUGAAAAGCGUAAGCGGAUCCCUGAUAGAAACACAUGGAGUGAUAGAGGCUGAGAUUAACCUCGAGAAUAGUUCGAUUACGCACGAGUUUCAGUUAGCAAACAAGCAGAUAGAUAUUCCUUGUGACGGGAUAGUAGGAAGGGAUUUCUUCCUCAAUGCAAAAGCACAAAUAUGCUAUGACACUCAAUGUGUUAAGCUAAAUGGGGAGAUGAUCAAGAUGGUGAAUGCUAACCAAACAGAAAUCGCGAAGACAGAAAAAGACGCGAGAGACCAGGAACAUGAUCCUACCACGGAGAUCGGAAUGUGUUGUCAAGCUACGGGUGAAGCAAGGGUCGCCAUUAGUGGGGAUCCUAGACAAAUGAGAAAUUCGAGAAGGAAUUUUUAUGGCAAGGUCAUUAACCAAAGUGAUAGACGGUUAUGUGAUAACUAG